GGCUCUCCCACCUGCAGCAUUUCUGCUUCUUCUUCUCCCCCGAUCUCUCCUCCGCGACCUGCUCCGAUACCCUGCGAGCACGGACUCCUGCAAGCGGAAGGGGCUUCUCAGGCGAGCUCGCAGGCGUGAUGGACGAGGCGGGCACCUCGGCGUCCGCAGGCUCCGCACCGCGCGGGGGGCGCCCGGCGAGAUCGGGAGGUGAGCCAGUAUUCUAUAAAUUCACCCAGCAGGAUCUUCCAGCUUGGAAACCGGCAAUGACACCAGGAUACGUGAUAGCCAUUUUCUUGGUAAUUGGGAUUAUUUUUGUACCGGUCGGACUAAUUUGCCUUCAAGCUUCAAACAGAGUUGCAGAAGUUGUUCACCGCUAUGAUAUUGAUUGUCUACCUAAUGCUUACAGAAGUAAUAAGCAGGCUUAUAUCAAAGACAGCUCAAUUUCGAAGAAGUGUAUUCAGAAAGUGAAGGUUCAAUACCAUAUGAAAGCUCCAAUUUAUGUGUAUUAUGAACUCGACAACUACUACCAGAAUCAUCGUAGGUAUAUCAAAAGUAGAAGCGACAAACAACUACGCUAUGGGCUGAAGUACACUGAUAGCUCAUGCAGUCCAAUAGAAAGGAGCAACGGCCUUCCAAUUGUUCCCUGCGGAUUGAUUGCCUGGAGCUUGUUCAAUGAUACUUAUGACUUUACCCGUGGAUCCAUGGGAAUAAUGGUUGAUAGGAAAAAUAUUUCAUGGAGAAGUGAUCGGGAACAUAAGUAUGGCAAGGAUGUCUAUCCUUUCAACUUUCAGAAUGGAUCCUUGAUUGGAGGAGGGAAGCUUGACCCUGAUAUACCACUAAGCAAUCAGGAAGAUCUUAUUGUGUGGAUGCGCGCAGCUGCUCUUCCCCAGUUUCGAAAGCUGUAUGGUGUCAUUGAAGAGGAUAUACAAGCUGACGAAAUCAUUACCAUGCACAUAACAAACAAUUACAAUACCUACAGUUUUGGUGGAAAGAAAAGCCUGGUUCUUACAACAUCAACCUGGCUAGGUGGCAAGAAUGACUUCCUUGGAUAUGCGUACCUUAUCACUGGUUCCUCGAGCAUUUUCUUGUCCAUUGUCUUUGCUCUGAUCCAUGUGAAAAUCCCAAGGCCACAAGGUGAUGCUGCUUACCUAUCUUGGAGCAGGAAAAACGGCAAUAACUAAGCUUCUGUGCACAAUUCGUUUUGUGUGUAAGAGCUAGUAGCUUAGAACCCUGUCCGGAGGUUCAUUAUGUCUCGGUGAGUGCACCCUGUCUUGAGGGAAAUGGCAUAGUAGCAGCAGCUUCAGGUUUCAUACACACAUACUUGGAUGCAGCAUGAAAUGUUUGAUGACUGCUGAGGAUGUAUCUGGUCGGCCAUGGUUCAUUGACAUGUUCGUGCGAAAUUUGGAAUAGCCCUCCGACGGGGCCCUUGAAGAAAAGUAGGGUCGUAUAAAACUGAUAUAUGUGUGUAUAAAGCGCCAUACCAUGUACUCCAUGAUGCUGUACGAAUGAAUGUACUUACAAUAUUUCAGUUUCACAUCGACAGUGAAGCAUGGCGUUAGAGCAACUUCAAUGUGGUGACCCAAACGAACAAUGGACACCAAUUUUGUA